AUCCAGAGCGCCUUGCGCCAGCGGCUGGGCCCAGAGUACAUCAGUAGCCGCAUGGCUGGUGGAGGCCAGAAGCUGGACCCCAUGGCCUCCUCAUACUAAUAAGUAGGCACUCUACCUCUGAGCUACAGCCCUAGACCCUGACUUAAAUUUCUGUAUGUUUUUGAUUUUUCAUAAAAUAUGUUAACAAGAGAUUUGUACUUUUUUAGAAAUUCUUGGUUCUGAAACUGUUAGGUAAGCCAAUAUCUCUCUUCUCUGGGGCUACUUCCUCCCCUCAGAUAGGCCAUUAUGCUAGCUAGUUGUGUCUAGAAGGUCUUUGAAAUACAUUCAUUGAGUAUUUCCCUAUAAUUAAACAGUAUUAUCAAAACACAUAAAGAAUAAAUGAAGUAAAUUUUAUUCAUAGUUAAAUAUGCCAAGGAAUUUUAACAUAGCUGUAUUUAAAAUUUUUUUCUAGGUGUGUUACAUUGAGGGUCACAAGGUCAUUAAUCUGGCCAAUGAGAUGUUUGGGUACAACGGCUGGGCUCACUCUGUCACGCAGCAGAAUGUGGGUAUGUGGCUGCGUCGGGGCUGCUCCACUCCCGGCUUCAGCAUGUAGCUCUGCUCACAGACUGGGUGGACGGGGAUGGAACUAGGAGGAUUGGUUGCCUUCAGGAGACACGGGGAUCAUUGUCUUCAACUAGUUCUCUUUACACUUCUAGACUUUAUUGACCUCAACAAUGGCAAGUUCUACGUGGGAGUCUGUGCGUUUGUGAGGGUGCAGUUGAAGGAUGGCUCCUAUCAUGAAGAUGUAGGCUAUGGCGUUAGCGAGGGCCUCAAGUCGAAGGCCCUGUCCCUGGAAAAGGCCAGGAAGGAGGCGGUGACAGAUGGCCUGAAGCGGGCUCUCAGAAGUUUUGGGAAUGCACUAGGAAACUGUAUUCUGGACAAAGACUAUCUGAGAUCAUUGAAUAAGCUUCCACGCCAGCUGCCUCGUGAAGUGGAUUUAACUAAAGCAAAGAGACAGGACUUUGAACCAUCUGUGGAACAGGCAAGAUACAACAGCUGUCAGCCAAACAUGGCUCUGGGACCCCUGAAGCCACAGGAGGUGACCUCCCCUUGCAGAGGAAGCCACAUGGGUGACCCUCACAUUGAGCUACAAGGAGAUAAGGCCAGCAGCUCCCGAAGCCUGACCUUGUCCACUGUGGAGAGUGACGCCACUUACCAGCGGAAGCUCCGGCAAAAGCAGCUGCAGCAGCAGUUCCGGGAGCAGAUGGAGAAGCAGCCAAAGGUUCAGACACUUGCUCCAGCUCCAGUAGAAAAGCAGAAUGAAGAGAAUCCUGAAGACAACCUUGAAAUGUGGGAUCUGACUCCAGACUUAGAGGAUAUCGUGAAGCCUUUGUCUAAACCAGAACCACUUCAGGCCUCUGCCACCCCAGUCCUGAACCAACAGAUCCCACACAGUCUUUGCUGUCAGAAGCCACAAGAAAAGUCUGGACCUUGGCAUCCCCAAGUUUACACCACUAACCAGCACUUAUCAGGAAAUUGUGAAUCUCAUAGGAAGAGCCAGGACAUGAAGAAAAGGAAAUUGGAUCCACCUUAACCUGAGGCCCUGGAUAUCAUUAGACUCUCAGAAAUGGACUUUGGAAAACUGCUUUUUGGUCAUGAAAUUGUUCAUCAUUCCUGGGGAAUGAAUGUUAUCUCCAAUUCACUGUGAACCUCAUCAGGACCCGUGAGACCGAUUGCAGAGAAAGCCAAGCACUUUACAUCCAGCUUGUCACACAGUGGUGAGGAGCUCAGACAAAUGAAAUAACUUUCCUUUGGCUCUUGAGGUUUUUCAUUGUUUACUCCUAAUCUAUUAUAUUAAUAAAAAUAGACAUUUUUAGGAAUUGCCAAUGACUGCCUGCCCUCAGACCAUUCAGGUGUUCUUAGUCCUAAGCACCCUUCAACAGCUGCCUACGUUAAGCUGUUGAGCAGUCUCCUUUUGGGCCCCACAGUUCUAAGGCUGUCCACAGAUCUUAGGCCAGGGAUUUAGCUCAGUGGUUCUGCUGCCUGCCUCACAAAGUGCAAGGACCCGAGUUCAAUCACCAGUACAAAAAACAAAAAAAAAAACAAAAGAAAAAGAACAAGGCUCUAGUGGUUCUUCUUACUACUCUGCAACUUUGUACAACAAUCAAGGCUACAACCCCCAUCUAAUACAGCAGUCCCCCCUGCCACCGCCUCCCAGUCUAUGGGCAUAUCCAAAAUGGAGUGUUACUACCGAGUCUGCUCUGGGGCCAUUUAGUAAGAUAAAGUUUACCUGAACUGCAAAAAGUCGAUCUGAUAACUGGGAAUGCUGCUAAAAGUUGACUGAGGGGCAGAUGUUGUGUAUCAUGUGGAUGUACUGAACAAGGCAUGACUCAUGACCUGGGCAGGAUGGUGUCAAUUUCAUUACACUGAAUGGAGUGCGAAUUAAGGAUGAAUUAUUUCUGGCAAAAACCUUGGAAAACUAAACAUGGAUUGGGAAGUACAUCUCUCAUUUAUGAGUUUAUGACAUUACAAUCUUGCAUUCUUUCAAGGUUAUUAUUUUUUCCAAAGAAAUAAUGGUCUAAGAUGAGUGAAAAGGCAUUUUGAGAAAGCAAAUUCUUAUUAGCAAAAUAAAAUAGCCAUUUUUAUUUCAGAUUAUGACUUACCCUACCAUAAACUGAUUUCUCACAGUGUUUAUGUUUCAUAAUUUUCAAAUAUGAGUUUGAAAAUUUUCUCUUAAGUGCAUUUUGGACUCUGUUGUGUCUAAUGCUGAAUUAGUGACAUAACUUUCUGGAUCACAGACCCAUUGUGGGAAGCUGUGACCAGCAUCCUUAAAGUACUGGAAGGUAGCCAACCUUUUGUUCUUUUGCGAGAUGAAGCAGCAGCUUGCCCUGUUUCCCUGUCUUCUGAAAGCUUUAACCUUACCUACUGUGUUACACAGAUUUGGUCACAUAUUCAUCCUUUCAUUUUGAUAUCCUUACCAUUUUUCUCAGCAAAACUAAUCAGCAGUAAAAUCUUAAGUUCAGGUCAAAACUGCUGACAAAAAUCUUCCUGGGGAAGAGGUGGUAUACAGCUGUGUGGUAGAGCACUUACCUGGCCCUGGUUUAAUUCCUAGCACCAUUUAAAAAAAAAAAUUCCUGGGGAAUUAGGAAUCCAGUUAUGAACAGUGCACAUCUCAAAACAAAGCAAAUGAGAACUUGAAAAAAGCAUUUGCUGGAAAUGAAACCCCACAGCUCAACAAAAGCAAGUUUGGUUUAUUUGAACGUUUCAUUAAAUAAGUCUACAAAGGUAAGAAACUGAAGCACAAAGCGCAGUCUUACAAGAAGCGCAACACCCAGAGUUAGUGCAAAAUGUACAAUUAACGGCUGCUGGGAUACCCCCAAGAUUUGACUUGUUUAUUUUUUUUAAACAGUGUACAUUGUUAAAUAAUGUAAGGAAAACAUUUAUAAUUCAGAAAGUUCUUUUUAAUGUGGAAAAGAUACUCAAAAUGUACUAUUAACACAAAAAUAAUUUAAACAGUUCAGUAGCACUAGUUCGUUUCUCUAGGCUUCAGUUGUUUCAUCCACAGGAGGGGGAAAAAUCAACAGUAAACAAAACCAGUUCUUAUUUUUGUGUAUGAAUGAAAAGACCUCUAAAUUACUAAACCAAAGUAACAAAACAGUAACGUGGUAUAUUUGGUUCCCUCAUUCCUCUGGUGGAAAGUACUGUUUCGUUCACCGCAGGUGAUCUUUUCUAAUUUACGUGGCACCCAUCCAUACUCAUCCUUGCCAUAAGAAUGGUAAGCAGAGAAUAAAUCAGUCAACACUUUUGAAGCAGGGCUUAAAACCCCUGUCCUUUUCAUUUCUACCUGCCGAAAAUCUCCAGCAUUCAUUUGUGUCUCUAGGGCCUAGGCCAACUUAAUGAAGAAAACAGGGACCAUAAAGGAACGAAUAGGAUUCAGG